CCUUUAAGAUGGAGUGUCGUGAACCGGCGUUGGAAUAAGCUACCGAUCACCGGAUAUCGAAGUGUCGGGAAAAUAUCGCCCUCCGCCGCCUCUUGGUCGGUCUGUCUCUCUCUCUUUCCGGCCGCGAUUUUUAUGGGCAAACGCCUGCCGUCGCCGCUGGCUCUAGAGAUGUACGCUCGCGUCGCGGCCGAGAGGAUCCGGAGAGCUAAGGGCGUUAAGCCGUAUUUCGAAUCUCUCGCUUCGAGCAAAGAGGGGGCCGCCGGCGCCGUUGGUGCCACCGCACCUUCUAGAGGUAUCCGAAGAGGGAUGGAUGAGCGGAAGAGGCAGGAGGACCGCCUACCUCUGGAGGAAGUAGUGGCGGACUGCACGCGUCGGUGGUUCCUAGACGCGCUCAAGGAGGCCAGGGCCGGGGAUACUGUGAUGCAGGUUCUCGUCGGCCAGAUGUACCGCAGCGGGUACGGAGUCCUGAAGAAUGAGCAAAAGGCAAAUGCUUGGUUUACAAGAGCAUCAAAAUACAGAACCUCAGUUUGGAAGGUUAGCCACAAACUACCAGGUUAUAACGCCAGUGACUCAGAUUCUGACGGGAGGAUUAACAUUAAAUCAUGACUGGAUGGCCUGAAUUAGAAUGAUUGUAAAAAAUCAGCACAACUCCAGCAGUAUUUACUGAUAACCUGUUUGCAUCUUUUGUUCAUUUUUAAGGUUUGUAUGAUGUUCAUGUUAUGAAUAAAUUUUGUUCCAAGUUUUGGGAGAAGUUUGACAGUGGUGUAUAAUCAUUUCAAAUCUUUAAAAUUUAUAUAUGAAUUUGUUUUCUAUGUA